AUGGAUAAAUUUUUGAACAGACCUAAACGUGAUAAUCCGGAAUUUGAUAGUUCUAAUACUGUAAGAAAAUCAAAACACCGUAAAUAUGAUGAGAGUUACAUGGAUUAUGAUUUUACGUAUACGGUAGUGGAGAAUGAAGAACGUCCACAGUGUGUUAUUUGUUUCAAAGUGAUGGCUGUUGAAACCAUGCUCCCUAAUAAAAUGAAACGUCAUUUGGAAACGGUACAUCAAACAUUGAAAAACAAACCACGUACAUAUUUUGAGUCAAAAUUAAAAGCAAUGCGUGAACAAAAGACAACCUUUGCCAAGCAUGCUAAGAUCCCUUCUAAGGCUCUGCUUGCAUCUUACAGAGUUGCUUAUCAAGUCGCUAAAUGUAAAAAACCACACACUAUUGCAGAACAGCUCAUUUUACCAGCAGCAAUGGAUAUGGUGUCAAUUAUGCUUGGGGAGGCUGCUGCCAAGCAAUUAAUGAACAUACCAUUAUCAGAUACUACUAUUAGUCGCAGAAUACUUGAUUUGGCUGAAGACAUUAACGAUCAAUUGAUAGAUAAAUUAAAAGGCAAAUAUUUUUCUCUACAACUGGACGAAGCCACUGAUAAUAAUAAUAAUGGCCACCUAAUCUGUUACGUGAGGUUUAUAGAUAGUGGCGUUUUUCACGAAGAUAUUUUAUUUUGCCGAACUAUUAAAAGUCAAGCUAGAGCAGUAGACUUGUUCCAAAUGCUCGAUUCUUUCAUUACGGAAAAUAAUUUAAUGUGGGAAAUGUGCUGUGGUAUUUGUACUGAUGGAGCUCGUUCGAUGUCAGGAUGUUACAACGGACUUCAAGCCCUCAUUAAAAAAAAAGCCCCAUUUGCUGUAUGGACUCAUUGCAUAAUUCACAGAGAAGCUCUCGCUUCAAAAUCUAUCAGUCCAACUCUUGAUGAAGUAUUGCAAUCAACUAUUAAAAUCGUUAACUUCGUCAAAACUCGUCCGUUGAAAUCCAGAUGUUUCGAACAAAUGUGUGUUGAUAUGGGAUCUGAGCACACUUCCUUACUUUAUUAUUGUAAUUCUCGAUGGCUUUCACGUGGAAAUGUAGUGGCAAGAGUAUUUGAACUUAGAAAAGAACUUCAUCUUUUUCUUUUAGAACACCAUGAAUACCACAAAAAAUUUGAAGACACUGAUUUUCUUACAAAACUGUCAUAUCUUUCUGAUAUUUUUUCAAAGCUAAAUAUAUUAAAUAAAUCGUUGCAAGGAAAUGAAACCCAUAUUUUUGAGCUUCUUGAUAAAAUUACGGCUUUCCAAAGAAAAUUAGUUUUAUGGAAGACUAAAAUAGAAGAGGACACUUUUAAUGACUGCUUUCCUACGCUCCAUACAUUUCUAAGAGAAAAUGAUAUGAACUUGAAUGAGAUCGUCAAAAAUGAGUUCAUUGACCACUUAUCUAACCUUAAAGUUCAUUUCGAACACUAUUUUCCACAAAAUACUCAACAACAAAAUUGGAUCAAAGAUCCCUUCAAUGCUGACCUUCCAACAAAUUUGUUAUCUAUUGAACAAGAACAGUGGAUCGAUGUAACAUCAGAUUCCACAAUGAAGACCAUGUUCGGAUCAUCGUCGUUAACACAAUUUUGGACGCAUGUGAAACUACAAUACACUGAAUUGGCCACCAAAGCUUUGAAAAAUUUAACACCUUUUGCAACUUCGUACCUCUGUGAAACCGGGUUUUCUGCGUUAGCUGUAAUUAAAACAAAAUAUCGGUCAAAAGUGAACGUUGAGAAGGAGAUGAGAAUAGCUAUUUCCAAACUUGAGCCACGAUUUGAACAUAUUAUAAAGCAUAAACAAGCGCAUCCAUCUCACUAA